AGUUUGAAACUGUCAGGUUGCUGGUUAGGUAGCUGUUGUACUUGCUGUAGUUUCAGCGGCGACGCUGCCAGAAGACACGGGUCCCUGCCUUGGUGAGGGGCAGGCGCGCCCCUUGCAUGCGGCUGGGACCGGCGAAGGGCAAAGGGGACAUCACCCUGUUGCCAGUUUGCACGUUAAUUCAUUCUUCCUCUGCCUCUUGGAAAUUACAUUUGAAUUCUCGGACCCCUCUUUUCCUAUCAGCCAGUGUUUGUGCAGAAUGUCAUCUGAUGAGGAGAAAUACUCACUUCCCGUUGUGCAGAAUGAGUCCCAUCGAGGCAGUUCUGUCUCUUCAGAUCUUCAGGAAGAGUAUGAAGAACUGCUUCGUUAUGCUAUAGUGACACCAAAUAUUGAAUCCAGUACUGUACAGUCAUCUCAUCCUAAGGGAGAAGUGGUGCCAGAUAAUAGAAUUCCUACUACAAUUGAUGAUAUUCUUCAUAAUCAAGGAAGUAACCCUUUAGUAAGAGAAACUGGGAUGGAAGUUGGAAAAGAAAGUGAUUUAAAUAUUUCAAGUCAUUCAAAGACAGAUGGGUCGUCACCAGUGUUAUCACCAAGGAAGCCUUCUCACCCAGUCAUGGACUUCUUCAGUUCACAUCUUUUAGGUGACUCUUCCUCACCAGCAUCUAAUUCUACUCAUACAGAUGCCCAUGAAAUACUUAUGAGCGAUUUUCUUGUUUCUGAUGAAAACCUUCAUAAGAUGGAAAAUGUACUUGAUCUUUGGAGUUCAGGUCUUAAGACAAACAUCAUAUCUGAACUAAGUAAAUGGAGACUUAAUUUUAUUGAUUGGCACCGAAUGGAAAUGAAAAAAGAGAAAGAAAGGCAUGCAGCACAUUUAAAACAACUAUGCGACCAGAUCAAUGACUUGAAGGAGCUGCAAAAAACCUUUGAAAUCUCCAUAGGAAGAAAAGAUGAGGUGAUUUCUAGCUUGUCUCAUGCCAUAGGCAAGCAAAAGGAAAAGAUAGAGUUGAUGAGAACAUUCUUCCACUGGCGAAUUGGUCAUGUCAAAUCCAGACAGGACGUCUACGAAGGUAAACUAGCUGACCAGUACUUCCAGAGAACUUUACUGAAGAAAGUCUGGAAAGGCUGGCAUUCCAUCGUACAGAAGCAGUGGAAAGAUGUGGUGGAGCGAGCUUGUCAAGCAAGAGCUGAAGAAGUGUGUGUCCAGAUUUCCAAUGAUUAUGAAACCAAAGUUGCUAUGUUAUCUGGAGCUUUAGAAAAUGCCAAAGCUGAGAUUCAAAGAAUGCAACAUGAAAAAGAGCACUUUGAAGAUUCCAUGAAAAAAGCUUUCAUGAGGGGUGUGUGUGCAUUAAAUCUUGAAGCCAUGACUAUGUUUCAGAACAGAAAUGAUACAGGGACAGACUUCACAAAUAAUAAAAAGGAAGAGUAUGGUUCUGGCAUUCAAGGAAAAGAACAUUCUGCUCAUUUGGAUCCUUCGGUCCCUCUGAUGCCGUCAGCAGUUACAUCACCGCUGCUGCCGUCCUCACCAGCAGUGGCCGUUGGAGCAGCCAGUGCGACUGCUGUUCCCUCUGCUGCUUCGAUGACUUCUGCUGGAGCUACUUCCACGUGUGUUCACGUUCCUGUUUCUGUUCUGGGUGCAGGAUCUGCAGCUACUACUGCACCAGAAGAAAUGUAUGUCCCAAGAGUUGUAACUUCUGCACAACAAAAAGCUGGAAGAACUAUUACAGCCCGGAUCACAGGAAGAUGUGAUUUUACUUCAAAAAAUAGAAUUAGUAGCAGUUUAGCUAUAAUGGGAGUUUCUCCUCCCAUGAGUUCGGUUGUUGUGGAAAAACAUCACCCAAUCACAGUGCAAACUAUUCCUCAGGCAGCUGCAGCAAAAUAUCCCCGGACCAUUCAUCCUGAAAGUACCUCAGCUUCCAGAUCACUUGGAACCAGAUCAGCUCACCCCCAGUCUCUCUCAAGCAUUCAUUCCAUAAAAGUGGUUGACUAAAGUGAAUAUGUUCAUAGUGAGGUCUUUUAAUUCCGCUGGUUUUACCAUGGGUAAAAAUCUUUAGUUUUUAACUUUUCCAUAUUCUUAGAACAUCAUGGAUGUAUCAUGUUCAUCGUUUCAGAAUUACAAGAGACUUUUUCGA